ACUGAAUCCAGUCAGCCAUCGGUCAUUUUUGAACAACAAUUUAAUCGUGCGUUUUCCUAUCGAAAAAUGCUGUUAUGUGGUGUGUUACGAUAGCGUUCUCAGGUGGGAUUUCAAUGCUAAUCUAUUUUGUUUGACAAACUAUAAAUAAUUGUGAUAAGUUGGAAAAGGUUGACCAGCCAAAUGUUUUGAAUCUAUGAAUCAUCUAGUCUUAACCGUUCGAUAUCGAUAGAGAAAAGAACGUUACGCUGGCUAGCCGAUACCAAAAAAUGUUGUACAUACAAAAAGUUGAACUUUUGUAUGCAAUAGUGGUUAGCCGAAUAUGUAUUUAAUAUGAGUUUUUUUUCGAUAAUAAAAUUUUGUUAUAAUUAAAUCGUUGGAAGAAAACUUGUUUUAUGUAUUAUCGUUAUUAUGUACAACAUUUAUUUCGCUAAUACGAUCACAAUAGUACAUGUUUCGAACAUCUAAAAACACUUGUGCGUAUUGGUAUAUGUAUAUAGUACGGAUACGUGUUAACACAGAUUCUUAUCGAGACAAUUUCGACCAAUCAUUAACUAUUGUCUCAUUUCUUUACAUAACUGGUGAAUCUUUGUAUGGGCAUGUAGAUUCGAAAGCUGGUUGAACGCUUACGGACAGGUGUCACACUUGAACGGCGUUUCAGGCGUUCACCUGAAACAAAAACGUUUGGAAGUUACCCGAGCUAUCCUAGCUUACCAGUGUGCGAUCUGCUUCCUUCGAUUUGAAGGUGUUCGAGCAGAACUCGCAGUUGAAAACCUUCUCCACAUCGAUCGGGUGUUCCAGCAAGUGGGAUUUGAGCUGAUCCGUCAUUUCGAACGUAUUGCUGCACUUGUCACACUUGAAGAACCCGUUGGCUUUGGUGUGCAGUUUCAUGUGUACCUGAAAAAUGUUGAGCGUCAUAUGUAUUGGAUUCAUUUGUUCUCCUUAAAAACAAGGUUGGUUGCAAACCUAGGAAAGUAACUGUACGCCCUAUGUAUUUCUGUUCAAUUUAGUCCUACGUUUGAAAACAGUUUGAAUAAUAUUUCGAUGAGAAUUCACUUACAAUUUCUGGGAGAAAGUUAUUCUCGAGCUGCGUGAAAAAUCAUAUCGCGAAACACAACAAUAAAACAAGACACAAUGUCAGAAUGAAAAUCGUUGCAAAAGUAGGCCGGGAUCCGUUUUCCGAAUUUUAACUUCCAAUCGAAGCAGGCAUUUUGUUGAUGCGACGAUUUUUCUCACUGAGGAUUAUAGUUACAUGAGAGAAGCAAUUAUAAUUCUCACCAGAAGCCAAAAUGGAGCGAGGACCACUUAUUUCAAGAAUUCCAUCAAUAUCAAGGAUUCCCAUAUGCUCUUGGGCCAGUCAGGAGACUGGAGUUAAGAAGGAAAAGGAUCGUACCUCGAAGAAGGGUGUUGAAAAUGUAGGCGAUCAACAAAUGGAGAAAAAACACCAAAUAUGGUUUUUCAACUACAGUGGAUGGUGGAUGUGGAUUGAAGAAGAAACAUCGCCGCAGCUUGUCCCAAGUGAUAUCAAGGUAUCGUAUGCGAACUUCAUUGAUUCUAAUAUAGAGAGGAUCGAGGAUAUAACUUCUCCGGAGUUGGUUCCCAGUGACGCGCAUCUGGAGGAUGAUGACGAAGAUGUAUGUGACUGGGAACCAGGAAAUAUUUCGGAGAUCGACUAUCCAAUUUUUAUGAAGAUAAAAGCGGAAAGAGAUCUCUUGAAAACGAAGGCAGAGAACGAGAAACUUCGGCAAGAGAACCAGCGAUUGAAGGCUAAAAAAGGCGUUAGCCUAAUAAACCGAUUAUGUUUCCGAUUCAUGCUAUUCAUGGUGGGCGAGGUGGCGGAAUCGGUUUUUAACUCAUUUUAAUUUAAUUGUAUCAACUAAAUGAGGUGGUGAAUGUUUGUUGUGUUGCAUUGUUUUGUGUAUUUUUUGUUUGUUUUUUUGUUGUUGCGAGUUGUUGUUUGAUCCUGUUUUUUUGUUAUAUAUUCCACGUUGCAAAUUGUACUUUGUUUUUGUCAUGAGUUUAGUUGAUAUUUUAAAUAUUUUAUUGUUCUCAUUUCCGUUUUGUUUCAUUCUUUGUUUCUCUUCAAUAUUUAGUUGUUAUUUUUAUUGUUAUGCUAUUUGUAUACUAUUGGGUUUUCGUAGCAAUUUUUGUUGUUGUGUUUAAUGUUAUAUUUUCAUGUCAGACUUUUUAUGCUUUAUCAAUUGUUUGUUAGGUUGUUAUAUUUAGUUUAGAUAGUAAAUCGCAUACAAUUCACUUAUAGAACUUCUUCGUUGAAGAUUGUUGUUUAAUUUAUCUGUUUAUUGUUUUUUGUUUAUUUUGUUGUUAUUGUUUAUUGAUUAUUGUUUAAUUUAUUUUUUUCAUGAAAUGUUUUGAGUUCCUGAUCCAGCAAGUUGAUGCCUGCAAAACAGCGAAUACUGAGGAGCGUAGGAUGAAGCAACACAAUUGAUAUUUGAUAUGCAAGACUACAACAAGGGACGUAUGGACAUGCACAAACCUGGAUGCUAAAUGUUUUUCUCAAGAUAUAUUCUAUGCUGCUUCAAUAUUUGUUGAAUGAAAUAAAUUUAGAUGAUUA